GUAGUUUUAUUACAGGUCUGUAACGUGCAUGUGGGUGUAAUAUGACUACAAUACCCAGAGUGCACUGCGGCAUGCAGACUCAUAAACACGAAUGGAGACGGAAGGACGAAGUGACCGAUGAUAGUGUUAGUGAGGUACAACCUGGGGCCAGGUGUGCCUGUGGAGCUGCAGGAUGGUGCGAGUGUGGUCGAGCUGAAGGAGCUGGUGGGGAGUCAGCAGGGAGUCCGACCAGAGCUCCUCAGGGUGCUGUUUGCUGGGAGGGAGCUAAGGAGCACCUUCACCCUGCAGGCUUGUGACCUCCCUGAGCAGAGUACCGUCCAUGUCGUCCUCCCUCCAUCAGGUUCCUCCCGGGCCCUGCUCCUUGUGCAGGAGCGCUUGAUUCGGGGAGGGGAGGACGAGCCAGGUGGUCUGACCAGGCUGGACCUCUGCUCUUCGCGCCUCCCCUCCACCUCCUCUGGCCUGGCGGUGAUCCUGGAGGGGGGUCAUGGUGCAGAAGGAGGUGAGAGAGUAGCAGAGGAGGCAAGAGAGGAGCUGCAGGCUGCAGGUCCGAAAGGUGUGCCUACCUGCAGUACUUUCUUUGUGUACUGUAAGAGCUGUCGGUCGAUACAACCAGGAAAGCUGAGAGUUCGUUGCAGAAGCUGCAGACAAACGACGCUGACACUCAGCAGAGGUCCGUCCUGCUGGGACGAUGUCCUCCUCCCAGGUCGUGUCCAUGGCUUGUGCCAAUCAGACGGUUGUCACGGCAAUGAAGCGGAGUUCUACAUGAAGUGUGCGUCCCAUCCGACCUCAGAGGAUGAGCUCUCUGUGGCCCUCGACCUCAUUAUAACAAACAGUAGAGACGUCCCCUGUAUCGCCUGCUGCGACAUCACGGACGUGGUCCUGGUCUUCCAGUGUUCAGAGCGUCAUGUGAUCUGUCUCGACUGUUUCCAUCGCUAUUGUCAGACUCGUCUCAGUGAGAGACAGUUUGUUUCUCAUCCUGUGAUUGGAUACUCGCUGCCAUGUGCUGCCGGCUGCAUCGACUCUCUCAUUAAAGAGUUGCAUCAUUUCCGGAUUUUGGGAGAGGAUCAGUAUGGGCGGUACCAGCAGUACGGGGCGGAGGAGUGCCUACUAAUGAACGGAGGACUGAUGUGUCCGUCACCUGGCUGCGGGGCGGGGCUUAUCCCACCUGACGGCACCAGCAGGGUGCAGUGUGAAAGACAGCUGGGCUGUGGCUUCGUCUUCUGCAAAUACUGCAGAGAGGCAUACCAUGAGGGGGCGUGUCUCACUGAACGGGCCCCGCCCACAGCUGAAGCGUCUCAGGGAUUUAUGGUGGAGGAUGAGGCGUCUCUCAGAGGGAGGUGGGAUCGAGCCUCUUUGCUUCUCCUGCAGGAGUCGACUAAACGCUGUCCUCAGUGUUCAGUUCCUGUUGAGCGAGACGGCGGCUGCAUGCACAUGCAGUGUCCUCUGUGCCGAGCCGAUUGGUGCUGGCUCUGUGGCGUCUCCUGGAACAGAGACUGUAUGGGGAACCACUGGUUCGGAUAGAACAAACUAUGGGGAACCACUGGUUCCAAUAGAACGCUUCCUCUUCAAAGACAUUCGGGCAACUGGGAAUCAAACCACCAACAUCUCUUGUCUUCUCUCCAGAUGUUUUAGUUGUAUAAAGUCUUAUAUAACGUGUCUAAAGCAUCAAUGAUCAUAUCAGAAAUAUACUAGACUAUAUCAGACUUGAAAGGUUUAAGAUUAACAUGUUUCCUGUUCAUUCUCCGUCUGUCUAAUUAAAAAUAUCUAUUUAUUCCAAUAUAUA